CAGAAAACCCGUAAAGUUACAAAGCUGCAUGUCGGGAAGGCUAGAAACAAAAUGGCGAAUGUAAACUUUCCGGCCUGAUGGCGGUGGCUGUCGCCGUUACGACUUUGAAAAGAUUAAGAAAGAGGGUCCAGUAUGCAUGAGAAUGAUAUAACAGAUAUGAUUACUUAAGAAGUGGAGAAAUUAAUAAUGCAGCAAGUUUAAAAGGAGCGGGUAUCUUUCUUGAUCAAAUGCUGUAUUUUGAUCAUGUCACACAUUAAAACCUUUGCACGUAUAAAACCAGCCAAAGAUCUCUAUGAAGACUAUGAAAUAAGAGGAAAGAUAUUUGUUCUUCGUGUCCCUGAACUAGUAAGAGACUAUGGUGGACCGCUGGUAAAGAACCGGAUACCUACUAUAAGUUAUGACUUCAAAUUUGACAAAAUAUUUAACCCUAACACAAACCAAGAAGAAACAUACAGUGCAGCCGCUCAGGAAAUAGUAGCAGGAUUUCUUGAUGGCUAUAAUGGAACCAUAUUUGCUUAUGGCCAGACGGGUACAGGGAAAACAUACACUGUAGAAGGUAGUGCUCUUCGUUUUAGUGAUCGAGGCUUGGCUCCCAGAGCACUGACUCAGAUCUACAAGGCCCUGGAAGAGAGGGAAAAUGAGGAGAUUACAUUGCAUAUCUCAUACCUAGAGAUCUACCAAGAAGUGGCCUAUGAUCUGCUCAGUACAACAGCAAGAAGUGCUUCUGCUGUUACAGUCUUCCCAAGGGUGACUGUGAUGGAAGGACCUUGUGGGACAUGUCUAAUCCGCAAUUUGUCGAUCCACCUUGCUGCAAGUGAAGAUGUUGCUCACACGCUUCUUCUUCAAGGUCAGACCAAUCGCAAGGUGGCUGAGACUCCCGUCAAUCAGCGAUCAUCACGAUCACAUGCUGUUUUCACCAUCUACCUCACAGUGCGCAAACCAGAUUCAGACAUUAUUACACGGUCCAAACUACACUUGGUUGAUCUAGCAGGAUCAGAGCGUGUAGCCAAAACUGGUGUAGAUGGUCAACAGCUGACUGAAGCAAAGUCCAUAAAUCUCUCACUGCAUCAUCUGGAAUCUGUAAUCAUAGCUCUGCAGGAGGACUCUGGGAGUGCCCAGAACCAAGCACAGAACACAACAGUAAAUAAAAGCAAUUUUUUCCUACCUCCAUCACGUCCCAGUACGACGGAGUGUGGGAAGCAAAGUCGUCAUGUGCCCUACAGAAACUCACUUCUUACCAUGGUUCUUCGUGACUCUCUUGGUGGCAAUUGCUUGACUGCUAUGAUAGCAACUAUUUCACUUGAAAUCCAUAACAUUGGAGAAACUUUGUCCACCUGCCGAUUUGCCCAGCGUGUGGCUUGCAUAGCAAAUCACGCAAGGAGAAACGAAGAGGUUGAUGACAAGACCCUUAUUCAGCAGCUGAAAAAGCGUAUUGCAGAACUUGAAGCCAGCAUGGCCUGCAUGAAACUUUUGCAAGACCAGGAUGGAAGAGGAGGUGGGAGUGAUGAAGAGGACACAAAUGGCAAGCUGACAGAUGAGGAUAAACUCGCUUGUGCACAGGUGGUGCAGGAAUACAUUGCUGGCCGUGUGACUGAUCCUGUAGUUGCAGGUAUUACUAACCCAUUCAGAUUCAGAGAGUGCCUACGGAUCCUGAAGAAGAUGGUGAUCAACAAGUACUUCCAGCAAUUUAUCAACCUUCCCGACCCUACAUCAAGUGGAAGCACUAUGGCUAAGUCUUCAAGCAGUAAUAAUGUACGUCAUGAAGUGUCAUCUACUGAUGACCAAAGAAGCAGACCCUUCAGAAGACCAAGCAGGAUGUGUCAGAAGGGGAAACCACUAUCAGCGGAAAAUGAAAUGUUGACCAAUGUUCCCAGAGUAUCUGUUUCUUCUGAACACUAUAAAUCUCCGUAUGAGCGAAAGCGUGAAAGAGAAAUCAGACGUCUUGCUCGCAAGGUGGAUAGCAUGAAAGACAGUCAAGCUAUUCAAGAACAAAAUGUACAAGCUCUGCAAGUAAAUAGUUUAGAAGAAUUCAGAAGUAUGGAAUCCACUAUUAGAAACAAGAUAAGUGUCACACGAGAACAGAUUGCAGACCAGCAUGCAUACAUCCAGCGCCUCAGACAUACAGAAGCCAGCCCAGAGAUCUUGGCCCAAGAAAAGUUAAUUGCAAGCCAGCUAGUUAAAAAAGAGGGAAAACUACAGAAAAAAUUGGAGGAGAUACUUCAACAUAAAGCUGAACAUGAGUCACAGAUUACUGGGACAGAGGAAAGAGAACAGCUUCAGGCCAAGCCUGCAGAGAAUCGCUCAUUAGAAGAACAAUUUGCUCAGUACAAAAAGCGUAAUGGCACCUUGAACACUCGACAGGUGUUUGAAAUGCUUAAAUCAGAAGAGAAAAAACAGACAAAGAUUAUAGCCAAGACAGAAAAAGAACAGAAAAUAUUACUAACAAAACAGGUGGCUGCAAGAGAAGAAGCUACUCGAGAGAAGCUCCAUCUCCUGAAAGAAAUGCUGCAUAAAGCUCAUCAGGAACAAAUAGAGAAUAAGCCAUUGCCUUUUGGUCAGAAAACGGAUGGUUUGUUUGCAACACACAUGGGGUCUGUGCCGCAAGAAUCAGCUUACUCAGCUGUAUCCAAUUACACUGCCAGGGAUAUGCAAGGAGAAGAAAAUGUUCUGUCAUCCGCUAUUAAUGGAUCUCACAAACAAAGACCAUCUGAUGAUACUGGAUCUCAGAACACUGCCCUUAGAGGGAGCAAUGGUGCCUCUGAUAACCGGUUAUUGCACAGUCCAAAAAAACACAGAGUUAGGGUACAAGACUAUGAAUCUCAGCUGCCAUCAGGACUUCUCAAAACAGAACAGAUGCAGGUAUCUGGGAGCUGUAUUCAAGGGACACAGGAAGCUCUAAGCCCCGUCAUUCCUAGUGAAUAUGUUCGAUGCAUGGCUAAUGGUGAGAAAUUUGAUGCCAGAAAGAUGGGCUUGUCAUCAGAAACCUUUGACACUGCCCUUCUGUCCAUGCUGAAUGGUGGGACACUACAGGUGUCAUGUGAUGCAGAAUUUUAUGACAAGUUUGCUAGAUCACCACCACCCAGGAAAAGACCAGGACGAAGACAUUUGAAACUCAAGAGUGCAGUUAUACCAAAAGAUUACCAGGAGCAAAAUGAAAAGUUCGGGGAAGCCUGGGAUCCAAAAGCUAAGAACUCACCUGUAUCACAACGCCUUGCUCAAUUCCUGGGUGACGAUAUUUCAAAGCCUAAACCUGUCCCACCAUCAAAGCAAGAUAAUUCUUUUCAGCAGCGAUCAUAUCUGCAUGCAGAAAAUAAUAAUUUUGUUGAUGGCUUAGAAGUCGUCUCUCCACGAAUACAGGCUCUUGAAGAUAAACAACGAGAAUUCACUUACAUGGGCCGAGUGCAAGCAGAGCGAGAAAGAAUAGCAAAGAUUCGCAGAGCAAGGAAAGCAGCUGAAACUAUACAAAAAGCAUGGAGGCUUCACAGAACUCGCAUCAAAUGAAUCUGUGGCUUCUCAUUGUGAUUAGUUUACCUAUCAUGAUCAGACGAUUCUUCUCUCUCCACUAAACAUGGAAAAAUAUAGAUUUCCUAGAUUCAGGGUAAGUGCCUUAACCAAAAAACACUUUGGCCGUAUGCAUGUUCCAUGCCUGAUGGUACAUGGCAUUAGGUGGAGAACUAAUAGCUUAUGCUUUGAGAACAAAUGUCUCAUCUAUAUAAUUAUGAUUAUCUAAAAUGAUUUUCAAUUUUGGUUAAAAGUUGAUUUGGAUAAUCGUUUGGAAAACAUUUAAAAAGGACAUGUGCUGCGAAACAUUUAAAAGGGACAGGUGUAAGAAUUUAUCUGGACUGCUUUUUUUGGUUUGCUAUUAUGAUUACUGUCUCAAAAUAUCUGCUGUAUAAAUAGCAUGAUUGAAGCUUAUAAAAAGGAAGCAACAAAAAAAGAAAGCAAUCCAGAUAACUUUUAAUCUUGCUUCAUGUCAUCACAUCAAUAUAUUUUUUAUACUUGAUAUUUGGGCUUCUCACAUAUUUUUUUCUUCCAUAUGGGUGGAACAAGCUCAGGGGAAACGUUAGCCAGUUUCUAAAGAAAAUUAAAUACGUUUAAGAAUGAAAAAGAUGAUUUAGCUAUUCCUGAAUGCAUUGUGAUUUGUCAAAUAAUUUCGUGUUGCUUCUAACAAAUUUUCUGAGGUAAAUCAAUAAAAUAGUUGUGCUA